CGUAAAUGAUCGGAAAAUAAAAGAGUACUGGUUUCCGGCAAAUAUGGCUUCGCACUUUUGAUUGUUGAUUGUGGUGGUAAAACAAUCAACGAAACCAACUCUAAGAAGUUUAUUUAUUCGUAUUUGAGUUUAAAAGUCAACAUUGUCAUCUAGGUACCGACUGUCUGCUGUUUUCGGGACUGCAUCUGUCUGCAGCCGGCGUCAUGGAAACAGAGGAGCAGGCCAGGAACCGUUUCCAGUCCGAGCUCGAGUUCAUCCAGUGUUUGGCCAACCCCAACUACCUGAACUUUCUGGCCCAGAGAGGUUUCCUGCGGGAGAAGCCGUUCAUCAACUACCUGAAGUACCUGCUGUACUGGAAGGAGCCCGAGUACGCCAAGUUUCUCAAGUACCCUCACUGCCUGCACAUGCUGGAGCUGCUGCAGUACGAACACUUCCGGAAGGAGCUGGUGAACGCUCAGUGCACCAAGUUCAUCGACGAGCAGCAGCUGCUGCACUGGCAGCAUUACUCCAGGAAACGCACCCGGCUGCAGCAGGCGCUGGCCGAGCAGCCGCAGCAGCAGCAGCCGCCGCCGCACGGGAACGCCACCGCCAAGUGAUGGGGGGGGGGGGGGGGUUACAUGAGGCCAAUAUUCUUCUGUCACAUAAACAUUUCCCCUUGAAUGUGAGCAAGUGGGAAACAAUGGGCUGUUUGGAGGACGAAGUCAUCAUAACGAUCACACGGCGACAUUAUUCCAACUUAUCACUUGAAAUCUGAACGCUCAUAACGUGACUGUAACACUUCCUGUUGUGGAUUUCAAGGUAAUAAAAGAAAUCGGUUUGUUUGAUUGUGAACUCGGUUGUUGAAUCUUCAGAUCUGCUCAGAAAUUUUAAUUUGGGUAAAAAGUCUAAAUGAGAAAGUGUCAGGAAGUUGUGCGCGUGUUCUGGUCGUGUUGUAAGUCACUUCCUGUCUCAUCCUUUAGUUCCAAAGGGAUUUAAAACGUUGAAAAGCUGUUUUUAAUUUCCCGUCCAGGCUCGUGAUUGAUACUUUCAUGUUGCAUUUACGAAACGGAUUUGAAAAAUAAUAAAGAUAAAAAUAUUAAUGAAUGACGACGAAUCUGAAGCAGCAACAGUGUUGAUCAUUUGUAUUGUUAGUAUUAUAAUGGUUUAAAUGCCUCGACAGUAAUGGAGAUAAUAAAUAUUCAAUAUAAAAUACUUAUUUUAAAAGAAACAAUAAUAAAAAAUCAUUUGAAAUAAAGAUGAAUAAAUAACAAUAGUGGUCAUUUAAAUCUGAGUCAAAAUGAAUUAAAGAAAAUAUAAAACAUGUCAUAACGUCAACUCUUAAACGCUUUAUAGUUUAACAGUGAGAAAACAAAAGGAGACUUCAGCAAAAUAUUGUUAUUUAAACGUCUUCCUCGUUCCCCUUGUUCUGCUACUUUGCCUUUCUUUUUAAUAAAAUGUUUGAAAUUGAAACUUUUAUUUUUCAUUUUAUU